UUGUCAGUGGAAUAUAAAAAACAUUUAAGUAGAAAAAUGUUGAAACCAAUUUUCAUUAUAGUUGUGAUUGCUUUUUACAUUAAUCGAGAAAUCCAGGCAGUAACUUUAACUGAAGACCAACUUCGAGAACAAUUACGUCUUCAAGGGUUCCCCGAAAAUCAGAUAAAUACUUGGAUUUGUUUGAUAAUGGCUGAAAGCUCUGGAAGAACUGAUGCAGUCGAUCCUCUCAACACAGAUGGUUCUCGUGAUUAUGGAUUGUUUCAAAUCAAUAGCCGAUAUUGGUGUAGCGAUUCUGGUCAACCUGGAAAUGGUUGCAAUGUAAGGUGCGAAGAUGUUAUGACUGAUGAUAUUACUUUGGCUUCUCAGUGUGCUAAAUUGAUAUACAAGACGCAGGGAUUCGAAGCUUGGACAGGAUGGAAAAAUAAUUGCAGAGGCUAAAGAAAAUUUUAAAAUAUAGCUCAUGGCUUUCAAAGAUCAAUUUAAUAUUGAUUUUCAUCUUUAACAUCAAAUGAUAAAAUAUAAUUG